GUCAAGGCCGGACAAGCUUCUGGAAAAGUACUUCCUGUUUAUAUAGUUGAGAUCGAAGAGGUAGAUAAAUGCAUCAACAAGAGAUGGAAAGAGCAAAGCCCGAUCAGGUUGUUCUCAUCCUGGACCAACAAAAUCCUAGAGCUCCUCCAUCCAUGGCUGCCGAGUUCAAGGACCAGACUUCCACAGAUGUUCAAAAGACUCCUCAAAAUCCUGCAAGAACCAAAACCCUACGCCGUCUCAGUUUCUCUAAACCUAAAUCUCGAUUGGCAGAGUUCAAUCACCCACCUCUAUACAAGACGAUCCCCGAAUCCGUCGCCGACAUUAAUGAACCCCUUCUGAUGGACGACGACGAGUGGGAUGAUGAUGAAGAAGUUGAUGACGAUGACGAUGACGAUGACGACGACGACGGAGAAACAACAAGACCGAGAAGGUCUCAAAAGAAGAAGCGAAAAGUCCAGUGGAGGCUCUUGGCGGAAUGGGUAUUAUUCAUCAUCAUAAUGACAUGCUUAAUCUCUUCCCUCACCAUAGCAUCCUUAAAAGACAUGAGUAUGUGGGGUUUGGCGGUCUGGAAUUGGUGCUUAAUGGUGAUGGUCACGUUCAGCGGCCGGCUGGUUUCCGGUUGGGUGAUAGGGUUCAUAGUCUUCUUAAUCGAAAGAAACUUCAUGCUUAGAGAGAAAGUUUUGUACUUCGUCUACGGGCUGAGAAAGAGCAUCCAAAACUGCGUUUGGUUGGGUCUUGUUUUGCUUGCAUGGACCUUAAUGUUCAAAGCCAAAGUCCGCAAGGAUAACAAAAUACUCGAGAAAGUUUUCCAGGCACUGGUUUCUGUACUCGUCGGUUCAACAAUUUGGCUUGUCAAGAUCAUCCUUGUGAAGAUGAUGGCCUCAUCAUUCCACGUCGCAACCUACUUCGAUCGGAUGAAAGAAAGUGUUUUUCACCAUUACAUACUGGAGACACUGUCGGGUCCGCCAUUGAUGGACGAAUAUCGACCUCAUGAAGAUCAGCAGAACCGCCGCCAUAAUCUGCACCAAUCCAAGUCCAUGCCAGAGAAGUGGAAAGAAGGUAGUAAAUUCAAGUUGAAGAAGUUGGGGUCUAGGAAAAUUGACAUGGAAGAGCUGAGGAAGCUGAGCAUGCAGAAGAAGAUCUCGACAUGGAGCGUGAAGAGCCUAAUAAGCUACGUGAGGUCGACCAGACUGUCUACAAUUUCACACACGGUUGAUGGUUUUGGCAAGGCGGAGUCGGAGAUUAACAGCGAGUGGGAGGCAAGGAGCUGCGCCGGGAAGAUUUUCAAGAACGUUGCCAAACCGGGUGCCAAGUAUAUUGAAGAGGAUGAUCUGAUGAGAUUUCUGAUGAGGGUUGAGAUUCAUGCCAUUUUUCCACUCUUUGAAGGAGCGCUUGAGACCGGAAAGAUUUCCAAGCCUUCAUUCAGAAAUUGGGUGGUUCGAGCAUAUUUUGAACGAAAAGCUCUGGCACAUUCAUUGAAUGAUACCAAGACAGCAGUCCAGCAGCUUCACAAGUUAGCAAGUUCAAUCGUGAUUGUGAUCAUAUUUGUGGUUUUCCUCUUGGUGAUGGAGUUGGCAAACAGCAAAGUAAUCUUGUUUGUUAUUACCCAGCUUGUUCUUCUGGGUUUCGCAUUUCAGAACACUUGCAAGACGAUUGUCGAGUCCAUCAUCUUCGUCUUCAUCAUGCAUCCUUUUGACAUUGGCGACCGUUGCGUCAUCGAAGAUGUUCAGAUGAUUGUGGAAGAGAUGAACAUUCUGACGACCGUUUUCCUUCGAUACGACAAUGAGAAAAUCUACUACCCUAACUCGGUUUUGCUUACGAAGCCGAUAAGCAAUUUUUACAGAAGCCCAGAGAUGUGUGACGCGAUAGAUUUUAGCAUCGAUGCAUCGACAUCAAUGGAAGUUAUCGUGUCUUUUAAGAAGGCGAUACAAGCAUACAUUGAGAGCAAGCCGAAUUACUGGAACCCAAAACACUCGGUGAUAGUGAAAGAAAUAGAGAAUGUGAACAAGUUGAAGAUGUGUUUGGCUGUUCAACACACAAUCAACCAUCAGAACUAUGGCGAGCGAAACAGUCGGAUGACGGAGCUUAUGUUGGAGUUGAAGAAGAUGUUUGAGACGCUUCAUAUUAAGUAUCGUCUUCUUCCUCAGGAGGUCCAUCUCAACUCUCAACAAAAUUGACAUUCACAACGCCCGCCCCGGGAGAUCAUCUUCUUCAAAACCUCCAGCUACCUAUUACUUUUAAAUAAUGGAGACGGAUGGAACAAAUUUCUUGUGUUUUCUACUCAUAUUUUUGUGCCUUCAACGCUUCAAAUUUGCUGGAAAUGUAUAUGUUUCCCGCCCUAAGACUCUUUUAAAUAAUGGAGACAGAUGGAACAAAUUAAUUUCUUGUGUUUUCGACUCAUAUUUUUGUGCCUUCAACGCUUCAAAUUUGCUGGAAAUGUAUAUGUUUCC